AUGCCUCCAAAACCCUCGGUCCGAGGAGAGUACAUUGAAACUGAAACUGGCAACAAAAUCAGUCGACGCGCCAGCGUCCUCGGACCCCGCCACAUCAUCCUCGCCGGCAAAUGCGUGAUCCAACAGGACGUCGUGAUCCACGGCGACCUCGUGCGUCCACCGCAGCCCAAACCCGCCGCCCAGAGCGCGAGCGAUCAGAAAUCCUCUUCGGCAUCCCAGGACCAAACCUCCAUCCACCUCGGCCGCUACGUCUUCAUCAGCCCUGGCUGUACGCUUCACCCUCCCUCGCGCCUCACGACCGUUACCGGCGCCAACGGCGAGCCCCAACAGAUCAUGACAUACUUCAUGCUCCGCAUUUCGGACUACGUGUACGUCGGACCGAACACGCAUAUUCGCGCCGCCGAGAUACGGAGUAACGUGUACAUUGGCGCGAAUUGCACGAUUGGGAAUAUGGUGAUGAUUAAAGAUAAUGUGAAGAUUCUGGACGGGACGGUCUUGCCGCCAAACACGGUCUGGGCGGGCGGGACGAUUGUCGCGGGCAGGCCGGGUAGAGUGGUGGGAGAGAUCGGGGAGGGUUGGGCGGCUGGAGGGACGAGCGGGUCGACGGUGGACGAGGGCGUGGGAGUCAGGAGUAGAGAGAGAUGGGCGGCUGUUGGGAAUAAGAGGUGA